AAGGAAUAGCGCAUGUUGUACGAAACUUGCUUUAUCUGUUCUUGGUUGUUUCACAAAAACAACUAGUAUUUUCCCAUAGCAGAUAUCUGUAAAACGUCAGAAUGAGUAAAGCACACCCUCCGGAACUUAAAAAGUACAUGGACAAGAACCUUUCAUUGAAAUUGAAUGGGAAGCGACAUGUGUCAGGAAUGCUGCGAGGAUUCGACCCCUUCAUGAACCUUGUCAUCGACGAUGGCAUAGAACACAAGAAAUCUGGUGAAAAGAUCAACAUAGGCAUGGUGGUGAUCCGUGGCAACAGCAUAAUUCUGUUGGAAGCACUUGAUCGAAUCUGACCCCUGGCAUCGCCAUUGCUUUGUAGAGGACACAUGCCCAUUCUGUCAGCAUCUACACUGCAUAUUUGUACAUAUAAGUUCAUUGUGAUCAGAAUCUUAGUGAAGUAAUUCCAUCAUCUAUUUGUAAAAUAAGGAGUUCUGUUAAACAGUGUACUUAACUGUGUUGUGUACUGUACUGUCUUACAGCACUUGUGUUGCAAUCUCUUAGGUUAUUAAAUAUUUGUGUGUACAAAUAAUAUUAGUUGCAAAACUAGAUCACCUGCUGUUGUCAUCUCUGCUACUUCAUGCUUCUAAGCUUGGAAUGGCUGUCAGUGUCAGGCACGUUAGUACAAGGAAUGUAAGUAGAAUAACAUUUGGCUUGCAGUCACUAUUCUCUUUGUUCAAGUGUUUUAAAUGUGUGAUCAUGUCAGUGGCAAACACUUGCAUUGCAGUUCGUAAGAAUAGGACAUUUAUAUAAUACAGCCAACUUAUGUCUAUGUACGUGUUACAACCUGAGCUUGCCUGAGUUUAGACCUUUCGCUGGCCAGAAGACAUAUCACUGAUCGUGAAAUUUCUAGAACGUUUAUAUUUACAUAAAGUUCUGAUUACUACUGUCAAAGUAUAUUGGGGUUUGUGUCACUUCAUAUUUCGUUUUUGUCUGUUGUGUUUCCUACUUUUUUUUAGUCCCUUAUUUUAAUUGGUUGGGGAUAAACGAUUUUGAACAGAAUUGAUAUGCACUGAAGUAUCUAUAUAUCUGAAGUAAAAGAUUUUAUUUUUAAGACCAAUAAAGAAGCUCCAUCACAGAAAAUUUAAAAACAGUA